AUGAAUCCAUCUAGAGACGUUCACGAUGCCAGCACGAGCCGCCGCUUCACGCCGCCUUCCACCGCGCUGAGCCCGGGCAAGAUGAGCGAGGCGCUGCCGCUGGGCGCCCCGGACGCCGGCGCCGCCCUGGCCGGCAAGCUGAGGAGCGGCGACCGCAGCAUGGUGGAGGUGCUGGCCGACCACCCGGGCGAGCUGGUGCGCACCGACAGCCCCAACUUCCUCUGCUCCGUGCUGCCCACGCACUGGCGCUGCAACAAGACCCUGCCCAUCGCUUUCAAGGUGGUGGCUCUGGGGGACGUUCCGGAUGGCACUCUGGUGACCGUGAUGGCAGGCAAUGAUGAAAACUACUCAGCCGAACUGAGAAAUGCAACCGCGGCCAUGAAAAAUCAAGUUGCGAGAUUCAAUGACCUCAGGUUUGUCGGCCGGAGUGGAAGAGGGAAGAGCUUCACUCUGACCAUCACCGUCUUCACAAACCCACCGCAAGUCGCCACCUACCACAGAGCCAUCAAAAUCACAGUGGAUGGACCCCGAGAACCUCGAAGACAUCGUCAGAAACUAGACGAUCAGACCAAGCCCGGGAGCUUGUCCUUUUCCGAGCGGCUCAGUGAACUGGAGCAGUUGCGGCGAACGGCCAUGAGGGUCAGCCCACACCACCCAGCCCCCACACCCAACCCUCGGGCUUCCUUGAACCACUCCACUGCUUUUAACCCUCAACCUCAGAGUCAGAUGCAGGAUACGAGGCAGAUCCAGCCAUCCCCACCAUGGUCCUACGAUCAGUCCUACCAGUACCUGGGAUCCAUCGCCUCUCCCUCUGUCCACCCAGCCACACCCAUCUCACCUGGGCGGGCCAGCGGUAUGACGACCCUCUCAGCCGAGCUUUCCAGUCGACUUUCAACUGCGCCCGACCUGACGGCCUUCGGCGACCCGCGCCAGUUCCCGGCACUGCCCUCCAUCUCCGACCCCCGCAUGCACUACCCCGGCGCCUUCACCUACUCCCCAACGCCCGUCACGUCGGGCAUUGGCAUCGGCAUGUCAGCCAUGGGCUCGGCCACGCGCUACCACACGUACCUGCCACCGCCUUACCCGGGCUCGUCGCAGGCGCAAGGUGGCCCGUUCCAGGCCAGCUCGCCAUCCUACCACCUGUACUACGGCGCGUCGGCCGGCUCCUACCAGUUCUCCAUGGUGGGCGGCGAGCGGUCGCCACCACGCAUCCUGCCGCCCUGCACCAACGCGUCCACCGGCUCGGCGCUGCUCAACCCCAGCCUCCCUAACCAGAGCGACGUGGUGGAGGCCGAGGGCAGCCACAGCAACUCCCCCACCAACAUGGCGCCCGCCGCGCGCCUUGAGGAGGCCGUGUGGCGGCCCUACUGA